GGCUACGACGGGAGGGACUUCCUCAGCCUGGACAAGGAGCAUCUCAGGUGGACGGCAGCCGAUGCCAAAGCCCAGAUCAGCAAGCGGAAGUGGGAGGCCGAACCCGCCAUCGCUCAGGGAUUCAAGGCCUACCUGGAGGGGGAGUGCCUGGAGUGGCUGUGGAGAGUCCUGGGCUACGGGAAUGAAAGUCUGCUGCGGACAGAGCCCCCCGAAGUGAAGGUGACUCGCCACAAGUCAUCCACGGAGGAGGUGGAAACCCUCGUCUGCCAGGCCCACGGUUUCUACCCCAAGGAGAUCGAAGCCGCCUGGACCAGAGACGGGGAGAGACGGGAACAGGAGACCUUCCGUAGUCGUGUGGACUCCAAUCCAGAUGGGACUUACUACAUCUCACUCUACACUGACGUAGAGCCCGAGGAGCGGGGCCUCUACCGGUGCCGUGUGGCCCAUGCCGGCCUGUUGCAGCCUCUGGUCUUGGCCUGGGGGGGCCUGCGGGGAAUCUAGAAUCCCCUUUUUGGGAGUCAAGUGUAGGAGGUGUCACACUGGCUUUGAUUUGCCUGCUGGAGGUUAUGGUCAUCACCAUCAUCACCGUCGUCGUCGUCGUCAAAAAACGACAAGCCAGAGAGUUGCACGAAUUACAGCCAGCGCCCGGUGUGUCUUCAGUGGGCUCCGAAAACACCCAGGUGGACUAGACGUAAGAGCCUUAUCCUGCCUCUCACCCAGUAACUUGCAAUGCCGUGGGGCCCUCACCUGGCCGGCUGCGGUCUGGGCUUGG